UUCGCAUCACUGAUUGUCAGUUAUUAUUCGCAUUUAAAAUGUCAGCCACGACAAAAUGAGGUUAUAUCUUGUUUUUAUUACGAUUAUCUGCCUUCUGUGGGAUCAAAACGAACGUUUAGUGCUUGCAAACAAAAGUACCGAGCCUCAGCUGGAGUAUAGACCUGAUGGUCCACUGGUGAUGUGUAAAUUCUUACCUAAGGAAUUUGUAGAAUGCGAGGAUCCAGUUGAUCACAAGGGAAACAAAACUGCCAAGGAGGAGACAGGCUUUGGUUGUGUCAAGUUUGGAGGAUCUCGUUAUGAAGAUGUAGAGAAGACUAAGGUAUCCUGUACAGUACUGCCAGAUAUUGAGUGUUUUGGACCAAGGACAUUCUUUCGCGAAGGAAUACCAUGUAUAAAGUACAGUGGCCAAUACUUUGCAACAACUCUCCUGUAUAGUAUUCUGUUGGGUUUUCUCGGUAUGGAUCGAUUUUGUCUCGGACAAACUGGAACAGCAGUAGGCAAACUAUUAACAUUAGGUGGCAUGGGUGUGUGGUGGAUAGUUGAUGUUAUUUUGUUGGUAACAAACUCUUUGCAACCUGAAGACGGCAGUAAUUGGAAUCCAUAUGUAUAGCAUUUCAAGAAACCAGGGAUCACUUUUGUACAUAACUUAGUUUAUAAUUUGCAAGAUAAUGUGCGAUUUCUUGCGAGAAAGGUCAAGUUAUUAGACGUCUAGGUUGUUCAAUCCC